AUGAGUAAACCUACAAGAGAAAAGCUAUUUAAAUGUACUGUUUGUGAUCAUGCAUGUAGUCAACGCAGUAAUCUUAAAUUACAUAUGAGAAUACAUUCGGGAGAGAAAAGCUUCAAAUGUGGUUUUUGUGAAUAUGCAUGCCAUAACAGUGCUAAUUUGAAGAGGCAUUUGAGAACUCAUACUGGAGAAAAAUGUUUUAAAUGUGAUGUUUGUGAUUACGCAUGUACAGAUGGAAGUGCAAUGAAGAAACAUAUAAGAAUGCAUACUAGAGAGAAACAAUAUAAAUGUUACUAUUGUGAUAUCACAUGUAGUGAUAGAACUGCUAUAAAAAGACAUACAAAAAAGCAUACAGGAAUUAAAUGUUUCAAAUGUGGUUUUUGUGAAUAUGCAUGCAAUUACAGUGUUAAUUUGAAGAGACAUAUGAGAACCCAUACUGAAGAAAAACGUUAUAAAUGUGAUGUUUGUGAUUAUGCAUGUAGAGAUAGCGGUACAAUGAAGAGACAUAUAAGAAUACAUACAGGAGAGAAACCAUAUAAAUGCGAUGUUUGUGAUUAUGCAUGUGUAGAUGGAGGUACUAUGAAGAAACAUAUAAGAAUACAUACAGGAGAGAAACCAUAUAAAUGUGAUGUGUGUGAUUAUACAUGUAGUCAACAUAGUCAUCUGAAGACUCAUGUAAGAAUACAUACUGGAGAGAAACGAUUUAAAUGUGAUAUGUGUAAUUAUGCAUGUAGUCAGAGUAGUAAUCUGAGGACACAUGUAAAAAAAAAACAUACAGGAGAGAAAUGCUUUAAAAGGGAUGAUUGCGAAUAA